AUGGCAAUGAAUAACAGCGCCCCAUCCUCACCUUAUCAUGAGGAACCAAAUGAGGAAGCAAAACAAGAAAGAGCAGCUAUCGAAGAAAGGUUAAUUAAUGAAGAGUAUAAAAUAUGGAAAAAAAAUUCACCUUUUCUAUAUGACUUGGUAAUUACUCAUGCCCUAGAAUGGCCUUCGUUAACUUGUCAAUGGUUUCGUGACGUUGAUAAACCUGAAGGGAAAGAUUAUAUGGUACAAAGACUGUUAAUUGGAACUCAUACAUCUGGUGACGAUCAAAAUUAUCUGGAGAUAGCACAUGUUCAACUUCCAAAGGAUGAUAUUAAUGCAGAUCCGAGAAAAUAUGAUGAUGAUAAAGGAGAAAUUGGAGGGUAUGGAGGGAAUGCAGAAACCAGAGUUUCCGUUGUUCAAAGGAUCAAGCAUGAUGGAGAAGUUAAUCGUGCUCGAUAUAUGCCUCAAAAUCAAGAAAUUAUUGCCACUAAAACAGUGAGUGGUGAUGUUUACAUUUUCGAUCGAACCAAACAUCUAUUAAGACCUGUCGCAAACAGCACAUGUUCUCCUGAACUCAGGCUAAAAGGACAUACAAAGGAAGGAUAUGGUUUAGCAUGGAGUCCAUUUAAGGAUGGCCAUUUGUUAGACGCGUCGGAGGAUAUGACGAUUUGUCAUUGGGAUAUAACAGGAUAUACUAAAGAUACACGCACACUUGAACCAUUUCGCGUCUAUCGAGGUCAUGAGGCUGUUGUUGAAGACGUUGCUUGGCAUAGUCUAGAUCAAAAUAUUUUCGGCUCUGUCGGUGAUGAUCAAAAACUUCUCAUCUGGGAUAUACGCUCUGAAAGCACCGAAAAACCAGCACACACUGUUAAUGCACAUAUGAGCGAAAUUAAUAGUCUGGCAUUUAAUCCAAAAAACGAAUUUGUAUUAGCCACGGGUGCAGGAGAUAAGACUGUGAAUCUCUGGGAUCUUCGAAAUCUGAAAACGAAAUUACAUGCCUUAGAAAAUCAUCAAGGUGAAGUAAUUCAAGUCGCAUGGUCACCUUUUGAGGAGACUAUAUUGGCAUCUGCCGCAGGAGAUCGUAGAAUUAUGAUGUGGGAUUUGAGUCGGAUUGGCUCUGAACAAACGGCUGAAGAUUUUGUACACGGUGGACACACAAAUAAGAUUUCGGAAUUCAGCUGGAAUCCUUAUACCCCUUGGGUGAUUGCAAGUGCCGCUGAAGAUAAUAUAAUUCAAGUGUGGCAGCCUGCGCGAAAUAUUUACAUAAUUGAUGAAUCAGAAAUACCACCAGAGGAAACAGAAGAUUGA